CAACGGGAUCACGGCCAAGCCGACGGUAUUACGAUGGCGCAGUUCAUGGGCCUCCACUACAUCCUCAACACGAGCAACAACAAGGCAGCGCACUACGAUGCCUUGGCGCGCGAUGACAUUCUGCGCACGAGCAACCUCCUCGUGAACCUCAAUGGCCAUCUCCGGCGGCACGAGACGCACCUGCCGCCGCUCUCGCAGUGCCUUACGGCCGACCGGCUCGCGAUUGACGCGGCGACCGUGCGCCGGCGCUUGGCCAUCGAGCGCCGCAACGCCAAGCGGCAGAUCGUGUCCAGGGCGUCCGCGGUGCCAACGUCGUCGCCGCCUGUCUUGAUCCAUGUCAAGAACACCAAGAACCGCGUGUCCGCCGCCGCGUACCGCGAAAAGCGCGAGCACAAGCUGUCAUUCAUCAUCGACGAGAUCCAUCGGCUCGAGGCCGCGCACCCGAGUCUCCGGCACCGGCCGUUUGCGCCGGCAAAAAAGGCCAAGUCGGUGCAGCUCGCGACCGAGUCCAAGGACGAGUACCGGCGCCGAACGAACCGCGAGUCAGCCGCCGAGUCCCGACUGCUGCAGCAAGAGAAGGUUUGGUACCUGAGCCGAGAGCUCGCGCGGUUGCGAGCACUUGCACCGCAAUAG